GUGAAGGACGACCCCCGGCAGGGCUCUCUGGGCAGCGUGUCGCUGUCGCUGUCGCGGCUGCUGGCGUCGCCGUCGCUGUCGCUGUCGGGGCCGUUCCCGCUGCAGCGCUCGGGGCCGGGGGGCGCGCCUGCACCUGCGCCUGCUGCUGCGGGUGCUGUUCCCGGAGCCCCCCGAGCCCGGCGUGGCCCCCCCCGGGACAAGCGGAGCCCCCCAAAAGUGACACCGAGGGACCCCCCCCCAGACCGAGCCGGGCCGGCCCCGACCCCCGCUUCGGCACCGAGCGCGUGCUGCGCAUCGAGCUGCUGGAGGCCGAGGCGCUGGUGGCCAAGGACCGGCGGCUCGGGGGGCUCGGCCGCGGCCGCUGACCCUACGCCGAGACCCGCGCGGGCGGGCGCCGCUUCCGCAGCCGCGUGGUGCCCGAGGAGCUGAGCCCGACCUGGAACGAGAGCUACGAGGUGAUCGUGACGACUCCCGGGCAGGACGUGGAGUUCGAGCUCUUCGACAAGGACAUCGACAAGGACGACUUCCUGGCCAGGUGCAAGGUGCCCCUGAGGAGGGUCCUGAGCUGCCGCGUCCUGGACGAGUGGCUGCCCCUGCAGGACGUGCGCUCGGGCCGGCUGCACGUGCGCCUGGAGAGCCUCGAGCCACGGCCCAGCGCCGCGCUGCUCGACAGGGUGCUGCACACCAACCGCCUCCUGCAGCCCCAGCACGGCCCGGAGCUCUCCGCCGCUCUGCUCCGCGUCUUCCUGGACCGAGCCGCCGAGCUGCCGCUCCGCAAGGGCUCCAAGCCCCCCUCGGCCUUCGCCAGCCUGGCCGUGCGCGACGUCUCCUUCAAAACCAAGACCUGCGCCCCCUCCACGGAGCCCGUGUGGGAUGAAGGCUUCUCCUUCCUCAUCCAGCGGCCGCACGCGGAGACGCUGGAGCUGCAGGUGAAGGAGGAAGGCGGGCACAGCCUGGGCACGCUGAGCCUGCCCCUGGCACGGCUGCUGGAGCAGGAGGGGCUGGCCCUGGACGGCUGGCUGCCCCUGGCGGGGGGCGCGCAGCUCCUGCUGCGGGCGCAGCUCGGGGUGCUGGUGUCGCAGCGAGUGGAGGAGAGCGCGGCCGGCAGGGAGGAGGAGGAGGAGGAGGAGGAGGAGGCGGGGGAUGAAGAAAGCGGGGAGGGGGCGCUGCGCCGGCGCCUCCCCCCGGCGGAAAGGCGCCCCCCGCCCCCCGAGGGUCCCCGGCUGCAGCUCUCGCUCUGGUACCACCGCGAGCAGCGCCGCCUCAGUGGCCAUCGUGCACGAGCUGCAGGCUGA